UCUGCCGGCCGGAAGUGGAGUCAGGAUCGAAGCGGCUGCAGGCAGUUUUCUUCAUCACGCUCUCUCGCACGGCCAUCUUCCUUCAGCUCGAGAAGACCGUUCCUGCAGACAUGGCCGACUACUCUAAUGUCGCUCCGCCAUCCUCAAACACGGGUGGAGGGAUGAACGAUGCUUUUAAAGACGCUCUACAGAGAGCCAGACAAAUAGCUGCCAAAAUAGGAGGUGAUGGAGUAUCCCCCUCUCCAGUUUCCAAUGAGUUUGGUUAUGGAGGACAGAAGAGACCUCUUGAAGAUGGAGAUCAACCAGAAACCAAGAAGGUUCCACCAAGUGAUCCUUUUUCAUCUGUAAUGGGAGGCAUGGGUGGCCCAACAAGGUCUAUAUCAGAAGAGUUCAAGGUUCCAGAUGGCAUGGUUGGCUUCAUUAUUGGAAGGGGAGGAGAACAGAUUUCUAGAAUACAGCAGGAUUCCGGUUGCAAAAUACAGAUUGCUCCUGACAGUGGUGGCAUGCCUGAGAGGUCAGUGACAUUAACAGGCGCACCUGAUUCAAUCCAGGCUGCAAAGAGGUUGCUCUCGGAGAUUGUAGAGAAAGGCAGACCUUCUCCAGCAUUCCACCACAAUGAUGGACCAGGGAUGUCUGUUCAGGAGAUGAUGAUCCCUGCCUCCAAAGCUGGUCUGGUCAUCGGAAAGGGAGGAGAAACUAUCAAACAGUUACAGGAACGUGCUGGAGUCAAAAUGGUCAUGAUUCAAGAUGGACCCCAAAACACAGGUGCUGAUAAACCACUCAGGAUCUCUGGCGAUCCUUUUAAAGUUCAGCAAGCUAAAGACAUGGUGAUGGAUCUAAUCCGAGAUCAGGGUUUCCGGGAACAGAGAGGAGAGUAUGGUUCUAGAGUAGGCGGUGGAGACAGUCUGGAUGUCCCUGUGCCAAGGUUUGCAGUGGGAAUUGUGAUUGGUAGGAAUGGUGAAAUGAUCAAAAAGAUUCAGAAUGACACUGGUGUGAGGAUUCAGUUCAAACCAGAUGAUGGCUCCACACCAGAGAGGAUCGCUCAGAUUAUGGGGCCUCCAGACAGGGCACAGCAUGCAGCAGAUAUCAUAUCUGACCUGCUGCGGAGUGUUGAGGCCGGAGGCCCCCCUGGUCAUGGGGGCAGAGGGAGGGGCCGUGGACAGGGAAACUGGAACAUGGGCCCUCCUGGAGGCCUGCAGGAAUUCACUUUCACUGUGCCUACCAUGAAGACCGGCCUAAUCAUUGGAAAAGGUGGUGAAACCAUUAAGAACAUCAGCCAGCAGUCUGGAGCCAGGAUAGAGUUACAAAGAAACCCUCCACCUAACUCAGACCCUAAUAUAAAGAUCUUCACAGUCCGUGGAUCACCUCAACAGAUUGAUUAUGCCAGACAACUGGUCGAGGAGAAGAUUGGAGGUCCAGUUAGCCCUAUGGGUGGUCCUCCUGGGCCCCAUGGAGGUCCUUCUCAUGGCCCUCCCGGUCCACCAGGACCACCUGCUCCCAUGGGUCCAUACAACCCUGGGCCCUAUGGCCAGGGCCCUCCUGGACCACAUGGUCCCCCGGCACCAUACCAGCCUCAAGGCUGGGGCAACGGAUACCCUCACUGGCAGCAAGGUCAGCCAGAUCCCAAUAAAGCAGCGGCUGAUGCUAAUGCAGCUGCAUGGGCAGCCUAUUAUUCUCAGUACCAACAGCAGCCCCAGGGCCCCAUGACACCAACUUCUGCAGCCCCUGGCACAACCCAAACCAACGGACAAGGUCAAGGUCAGCCUCAGCAGGACUACACAAAGGCAUGGGAAGAGUACUAUAAGAAACAAGGUCAAGCUGCGCCUCAGGCAGCUGCAGCGACGGCGUCUCAACCAGGAGGUCAGCCAGAUUACAGUGCAGCGUGGGCAGAAUACUACCGCCAGCAGGCAGCGUACUAUGGCCAAGGUGCCCCUCAGGCAAUGGGAGCUGCACCCCAGGCUCAGCAGGUACACCUCCGCUAAUGCACUGCUCUGUCUCUUGCACUCUACACCUUUUUUUUGCUUCUAACAUUUACUUUCACAGGUUCAGCAGGUUUCCAGAUGAGUCAUCGAUACAACACAACCUAACUCUUUCCUCCUCAAACAGGCUUCUCUUUUUUGGGGGGGUGGGGGGUGUUGAAUAAAUGUUUCUGUUCUUAACAUGUUGUGUAUUUCUUAUGUAUUUCUUCUGCACAGGGCCAGUAAUGUGAAGUGGACAUAAAGUAAAUGCUACAUUGUCAGAAAAAACCUUUGUUAAAUGUUUGGAUGCAGACGCCGUGAUGAAGAUCUUAAUUUCAUUGGUUUGAGUGUUUAAGCUAGAUCGCAGACCAGCUCUAAAGUCAAGUAUAAAUAUAUAUAUAUUUUUUCCUUUCUGUUUUGCCACUCUUGUAAAUGAACGGUUUGUUUUUAGUCGGGUAAUAUUGGUCAUUCCAGCUUCUGUAUCUCCUGUAUCUCAUGUAGUUUUGAGACUAAUUAAUAGUCAUUUUCUUGUAAAUCAUCUCCGUUCUAAAAUGAUAUGCCUGUUGUGUUUUGCAAUAAAACAAUGAAACCUCCUGUGUUGGUAAGUGGGGUGUAACAGUGGGGAAUGUUCUGUGAAAAUUUCAUUUCAUGUUUUGGGACCGGGUUGGGGGAGUGGUAUGCAAAUUUACAAAAAUGCUCUUUCCUUUUUAUUUAAUUUUUUUUCAACUGUCUUUAUUGCCCUGAAUUUUUCUUUUGAUUCCUGGUUUGUUUAAAAAUCUCGAUCAUUGAUCAUUUGACAUUGCUUGUUUAACAAAUGGACAGCUCUGUUUUUAUUCUGCGUUUUUUGACUGGUCAUUGCUGUGGAUGUAGGUGUAGGCAGGUUAUCUAAGGCAAGGUGGCUUGGUGUUGGCAAGGUAUGUGACUCAUGCAAUAACUCUUCAGUGCUGUAGUGUUGCUCAUUCUUGUACUGCAUUUUACCUGGUGUGUUGAGGUAGUUUGCACUGUUAAUGAGAGACAUUUCCUCCCUCACAGGCGAGAUUAGGAAGGUGGUAAGCAAGUAUGCGUCUUUACAUAAACUAUUGCUUUUUAUAUUGUGACUGCAAUCAUGUUGCAAGUAUUUUAGUUUGUUCUCCAAGUUUGCUGCUUUUUUACAGGGCAGGUCAAGUAUUCUGAUCAACAGUUAUGUCUUGCGAAAUUAUUUGUCCCACAUCCUAUAUUUUGUAUGUCUAAAAUCCAAAAAUCGUGUAUAUAUAUUUAUAUCAAUAAUGCUGCCAUUUUAAAAACAUUUUGAUACAAUUAAAAAUAGCUUGAGAAUGCAAACGUCGACUACUUUUUCUGCCCAUUGUCUGUUAGCAUUCCUCCAAUAUAGGCCUAUAGGUUUUUGGAGACUCUGGCCUCCUACACCAGUGAUAUGAGCUCUCCACUGUAAGUACAAAAUGUACAUGACUUAACGGGCCAAUUUGAUUUUUUUCCUCCUGUCAAUGCAUUCUUUGACUGAAUGAAACGCAAUGUAUUUAAAUCUCUAAAUGUUCAAAUGCCCUUUUUUGGGGUAAGUAUGUCAGGGGUGUAAUUUUGUUUUGACAUGUUUAAGACAAUGACCUGACCCUUUUUCUCUUUGGAUAAUCUUUGGAUAAACUAAACAGCAUUGUGUGAUAUUUAAAAAUUGAGUCGUUGCUAUGUUGACACUGCUUUAGUCAUUUAGGUCUUCUCUCGGACUUAUAAUAUGAAACUGCUAACUAUAUCACUGUUUUUUAAUCAGUCACUGUAGAAACAGCAUCUUUUUCCAUCUGCCAAUGUGUGGUUUAACAUUGAAUAGACCUGGAAAUUGUCUGUCUUGUGAUUUGUCAAGUAUUUAUACUGCAUAGCCCAUAACUACCAUCAACCAAUUGCCUCUUACAAAUACUGAUUAGUUUUAAUGUCCGGUUUCUGACCUGUUUGUGAUUUAAGGUCAUUGAGGCUGUAAAUUUGAUGCUAUGACGAUUUUUGGCUGUUCAUUAGUGAGCAGUGCAUUGUCUAAUCUUGCAGUGUCAUCUCUGACCUUGCACCUUAGGUUCUUCAGCAAUAACACAGGUAAGAGUAUCCUAAGAAAUCAAAACGAUUGAGCCUGUGAUCUAGUGUAAUGCCUUUCACCUUAAAAACCGAGGUCAAUAUGUGCUGCUGUUUUAAUGAAGGAUGUCUCUAAUAGGAGAUAAACUGACGUAUGCCACAAUCGUCAUAAUUUAGAUAUGUCGGAAGUAUGUUUAUUUUAUUUUUUUCCAUAUAAAUUGCAUGAGAUUGACCUGUAGUUAACAAAUGUUUUCCCUCUAUGGAGAUCUAACUAGGAUUAUCCUGUUUACUUUUUUACUAAUUGAAACCAAUUUGAUUUUGAUUUGAUUGCUUAAUUGUUAGCUUCUGGUAAGUCUUCAGUCUGGUCCUCUUCUACUGUUACACAAUGCAUGCAGAUGUGAAAUGAUCCAGAGUUAGCCCUAUGAAUGCAUUCACUGAUAACUGACGUAUACUUGUAUGUAUGCUCAUGUCAUUGGUUCAUUGGUUUGCAGCUUUCUUGUUGCCCCUCUGUAGUGCUAAUGUUUGUCCCACAUUGCUGCCUUCAUUCUCACUCACAGUGUUGAAGAUGCUGCAGGCGUAGUUCGUAGAAAUCAGGUCCUGAGCUAGUUUGUCCUUAAGGAGGAAUCCUUUGAGUCUGUGUCUCCACUGAACGUAGACUGUUCAAAGGCUCCAAUUAUAAGGUAAAAAUAUCACAAGGAAUCUGUCAAUGUUACUGUUAGUUUAGGGUAAUGCCAGUUAGUUUUGAUUAUAUGUGGCAAUGUCUCUGUAUUAUUGGUUAUCUGAUGGUUCUAUGAAAUGUUUUUGAGUACAUGCUUUGCCUUUUAAGUGUAGUCAUCAGUGCUGUACAGGUGGAUCAUGACCAGGAACUUUUUUUUUUUUUUUUUUUUUCUUCAAAUACAUUUGCUAGACUGGUUUUUGUCAGUUAAACGAGAGUUGAUUUAAACAAAGUGUUUAUCUACUGCUGCAUAUCUAUUUGUAUGCAUGCAAGAUGUUUCCUUUUGAGCAAAUUGUUCACAACAGAAUUCGUGGGGGUCUUAAAACGAAGAGAAAAUCGGAGGCUAUCUGAGAAAUUUGGAGCAUGCCUUUGAGGUAAAACUAUCAUGAACUGUUAGUUGUUGAAUGUACUUUUUGAUGUUGGUCUGAAAUGUUGAAGAUUGUUGCCAUUGUCAUCAAUAAAAUUGUAAUCACUAAAA